AAAAUGAUAAAAAAAUUGCUGCAUCCCAUUAAAAAAACCCAUUAAAAAUUCACAGUGUAGUAUAAAAAAAUGACAACAACCAAAACGUACUCACCUCGCAUUUUUGGUGUAAUUUAUUUUUAAAUGUGAAAAUGGUCUAAAAAUAAGGCAAUGAGUCGUCUUAUUAUUAUUAUUAUUAGAGUUUGACCUUCCCCCCACCCCCAAAAGAAACGCUGGCAUUAUCAGGUUACGCUCAUUGCCAUCACGACAAGUGCUGAAUCAGAUUACAAAUUAUGACACGACAGUUAGCAAAUAUCUGCUUUUCAAUCGAUGGACAUUGCUAAUAUGAAAUAAAUUAAUGUAUGAUAUCGCGUUUGUUUUUUUUUUUUGUUAUACUGUAUACAGCACAAUUCCAACAAUGUUGUUUGUUACUGAAAUGGUGACUGCCCAAAACACUUUUAACCACGAAACGUAUAUAAUAAAUCGUAUAUAAUAAACACCCAUCAAGUGACUUCAUUUUUUUUUUAAAUAUACUGUCAUACUCGACUUGGUCACUUGGUGGCGCCCUACUCCCGUCUCAUUUGGACGAAGAAGAGUCUCGGGCAGGGGGAGGGAGGGAUAAAAAAAACUGGGAAAAAAAAAAGAGAAAAGCUCUUUUGCUGAGGCAAAUGUCUCCGCACAACUGUUUACCGUGACGUCAGUUCGCACAAGUGGCUGUGGGCCGUCUCGCAGCGCCCAAACUGCGGGUCCGUGUCGCCGCCGACCAGGUGGGGAAUAGAUGAGCUCCACUCUCCGAAAACUUCCUCGCGUGGAUGUCGCGGUUCACAAUGGACUAAAAACACAAACAAACAAACAAACAACAGAGGGGAAAAAAAAAAAAAAUCCCCCCCCAAAAACUGCUCGACGAUGAACACCUGCGCCUUUUUGUUGCUUCUCAGCGUCCACAUCUACGCCGAUGGAAUCGAGGGGCCGACAGCUGCCGGCUGCACAUUUGAAGAGGAUUCCGAUUUCAGUCUGUGUGACUUGACACAAGGUGAAGAAGAUGACUUUGAUUGGCAGCUGUUUCGGACACACAAUUCGCCCUACGCUGGCUCGGACCUUCUGCGUGGAUCCUAUAUGUUAGUGAACUCCUCGCAGCACGAAGCCGGCCACUGCGCUCAGCUGCUGCUGCAGAGCCUCAGCGAGAACGACACGCACUGCGUGCAGUUCAGCUACUUCCUGUACAGCCGCGACGGCCACAGUCCGGGGGCCCUGAAGGCGUACGUGCGUGUCAAUGGCGGGCCGCUGGGCAAGCCCGUGUGGAACACGUCGGGAUCUCAAGGCAAGCAGUGGCAUCAGGUGGAGCUGGCUGUCAGCACCUUCUGGCCCAACGAAUAUCAGGUGCUGAUCGAGGCGACGGUUUCCGAGGCGCGGCAAGGAUACCUUGCCAUCGAUGACAUCAUGGUCCUCAACUAUCCCUGCUAUAAGGCGCCGCAUUUCUCCAGGCUCGGAGACGAGGAGGUCAACGCCGGACAGAAUGCGACUUUCCAAUGCGUGGCGGCCGGAAAGGCUUCCGAGGCCGAAAAAUUCAUACUGGAGAGACACAACGGGGAGAUUUUAACCACUGCGUCGGUCAAGCACCUGAGUCACCGGCGUUUUGUGGUGUCGUUCCAGCUCGACAGCGUCCAGAGGUCUGAUCAAGACCUUUACCGCUGCAUCACGCAGUCCUCCAGGGGCUCGGGGGUCUCCAACUUUGCUGAACUCAUUGUCAAAGUACCACCUUCCCCUAUCGCGCCACCUCAGCUGCUGCGCGCCGGCUCCACUUACCUAAUCAUCCAGCUCAACACCAAUUCCAUCCUUGGAGAUGGACCCAUUAUUAGGAAAGAGAUUGAGUACCGUGCCAGCCAGUCUCCGUGGUCUGAAGUGCACGGAGUCAACAUGGUCACCUACAAGCUGUGGCACCUGGACCCGGACACAGAGUACCACAUCAGCGUGCUGUUGACUCGGCCCGGAGAAGGCGGCACGGGCCCUCCUGGACCUCCGCUCGUGAGCAGGACCAAGUGCGCAGAGCCCAUGCGUGCGCUGCGGGGCCUGACGGCCACAGAUAUCCAGCCCAGGCAGUUGUCCCUGCUGUGGGAGAACUUGGCGUUCAACGUGACGCGCUGCCACAGCUACUCAGUGUCCCUCUGCUAUCGCUACACCACCGCGGGAGGCGGCGGCGGCCACAACACCACCGUGCGCGAAUGCCUGGCCGUGGAGCACAACGCCUCGCGCUUCACGCUGCGUGAUCUGCCGCCGUACCACGGCAUCCAUGUCCGUCUGUCCCUGGCCAACCCGGAGGGCAAGAAAGAGGGCAGGGAGGUCACGUUCCAGACGGAGGAAGACAUCCCUGGAGGCAUCGCACCAGAGUCCCUGACGUUCACCCCGCUGGAUGACAUGAUCUUCCUGAAGUGGGAGGAGCCUCUCGAGCCCAAUGGCCUGAUUACUCAAUACGAGAUCAGUUACCAGAGCAUUGAGUCGUCCGACCCCGGCAUCAACGUCCCGGGACCGAGGAGAACUGUAUCCAAGCUAAAGAACGAGACCUAUCACAUGUUCUCCAAUCUUCACCCGGGGACAACCUACCUGAUCUCCGUGCGAGCCCGAACAGGGAAGGGCUUUGGCCAGACGGCCCUCACCGAAAUCACCACAAACAUCUCAGCGCCGACGUUUGAUUAUGGAGAUAUACCUUCCCCCUUGAGCGAGACUGAAAACACAAUAACUGUGGUGCUGCGCCCCGCCCAAGGGAGAGGAGCACCUGUCAGCACAUACCAGGUGGUGGUCGAGGAGGAGACCGUGAAAAAAGUGAAGCGGGAGCUGGGGCUUCAAGAGUGCUUCCCUCUGCCGAUGUCCCACGGUGAGGCCAUGGCCCGGGGCACCCCGCACUACUACACCGCUGAGCUGCCACCCAGCAGCCUGCCAGAGGCCAGUCCCUUCACCGUGGGAGACAAUCACACGUACAACGGCUACUGGAACACCCCUCUGGACCCGCGCAAAAGCUACCUCGUCUACUUCCAGGCCAUGAGCAACUUCCGAGGGGAAUCAAGAAUAAACUGCAUCCGCAUAGCUCGCAAAGCCGCCUGCAAAGACCACCGCAAGGCCUUGGAGGUGUCCCAGAACUCGGAGGAGAUGGGCCUGAUUCUGGGCGUGUGCGUCGGCGGCCUGGUGGUGCUCAUCCUCCUGCUCGGCGCUGUCAUCGUUAUCAUCAAGAAAGGAAGGAACUACUACUCUUAUUACCCGAAACCUGUGAAUAUGAACAAGGCACCAAUUACUUAUCGCCAGGAGAAGAGCCACAUGGGCUCCAUGGAGCGCAGUUUUACCGACCAGAGCACCCUGCAGGAAGACGAGAGGAUGGCCCUCUCCUUCAUGGACUCCCACACUUGCGGAACCCGAAGUGAUCCCCGCAGUUCGGUGAACGAGGCCAGCAGUCUUCUCGGAGGCUCCCCGAGGCACCCGUGCGGACGUAAAGGCUCCCCCUACCACACGGGCCAGCUGCACCCCGCCGUCCGGGUGGCUGACCUACUCCAGCACAUCAACCAGAUGAAAACGGCCGAGGGCUACGGCUUCAAACAGGAAUAUGAGAGUUUCUUUGAUGGCUGGGACUGCACAAAGAAGAAAGACAAGACCAAAGCGAGGCACGAUACCUUAUUGGGAUACGAUCGACACCGAGUCAAGCUCAACCCCCUCUUGGGAGACCCCAAUUCCGACUAUAUCAACGCCAACUACAUUGACGGCUACCAUCGAUCCAACCACUUCAUCGCCUCUCAGGGACCCAAGCAGGAGACGCUUUAUGAUUUCUGGAGGAUGGUGUGGCAGGAAAAUUGUUUCAGCAUCGUCAUGAUCACGAAGCUGGUGGAAGUUGGCAGGGUGAAAUGCUGUAAAUACUGGCCCGAUGACAGCGAGAUGUACGGCGACAUCAAAAUCACGCUGCUUAAAAGCGAGACGCUCGCCGAGUAUACGGUCCGCACUUUUGCCUUGGAGAGGAGAGGAUACUCGACCAAGCAUGAGGUCCGUCAGUUUCACUUCACAUCCUGGCCCGAGCACGGGGUGCCCUAUCACGCCACUGGACUGCUGGCUUUCAUCCGGAGAGUCAAAGCCUCCACGCCUCCCGACGCCGGUCCUGUGGUGGUCCACUGCAGCGUCGGGGCGGGCCGCACGGGCUGCUACAUCGUGCUGGACGUCAUGUUGGACAUGGCUGAGUGUGAAGGUGUGGUGGAUAUCUACAACUGCGUGAAGACGCUCUGCUCUCGGCGCAUCAACAUGAUCCAGACGGAGGAGCAGUACAUAUUCAUCCACGAUGCCAUUCUGGAGGCCUGCUUGUGCGGCGAGACGGCCAUCCUGGUGAACGAGUUCUCGGUUGCCUACAGGGAGUUGCUGAGAGUGGACUCCCAGAGUAACUCCUCGCAGCUCCGUGAGGAAUUUCAGACGCUAAACUCCGUGACCCCGCACCUGGACGUGGAGGAGUGCAGCAUCGCCCUGCUGCCCCGCAACCGGGAAAAGAACCGCAGCAUGGACGUGCUGCCGCCGGACCGGGCGCUGGCCUUCCUGGUCACGACCGAGGGCGAGAGCAACAACUACAUCAACGCCGCUCUGGCCGACAGCUUCCACCAGCAGGCCGCGUUCAUCGUGACCCCGCACCCUCUGCCCGGGACCACCGCCGACUUCUGGAGGCUGGUCUUCGACUACGGCUGCACGGCGGUGGUCAUGCUCAACCAACUGAAUCAGUCCAACUCCGCCUGGCCGUGCGUCCAGUACUGGCCUGAGCCGGGUCUACAGCAGUACGGGCCCAUGGAGGUGGAAUUCCUCUCCAUGUCCGCCGACGACGACGUCAUCACUCGCCUGUUUCGGGUCAAGAACGUCACGAGGCUGCAAGAGGGCCAGCUGGUGGUGUGUCAGUUCCAGUUCCUGCGCUGGUCCCCGUAUCGGGACGUGCCCGACUCCAAGAAGGCUUUCCUCAACCUGCUGGCCCAAGUGCACAAGUGGCAAAGGGAGUGCGGGGAAGGGCGCACCGUGGUCCACUGCCUUAACGGUGGCGGUCGCAGCGGGACCCUCUGCGCUUGCAACAUUCUCCUGGAGAUGAUCCAGUACCAAAACAUGGUGGACAUCUUUUAUGCAGUCAAAACGCUACGGAACUGCAAACCCAACAUGGUGGAAUCCCUGGACCAGUAUCGGUUCUGCUACGACCUCAUCCUGGAGUACUUGGAGUGCUUUGAGGGGAGAUAGCAACUAAACGCAGCACAAGUAUCCCACUUGCUUGGUUUAAGGUCUCCCGGAGGCUCCUGUACGUCACUGCUUGGACCUGUGCUCUUGAAAGUACGGAAUUUGAACACGAAUGAAAAACGAUACAGUUCCGAAUUUUAACCUUUAAUGUACAGCUGUGAUUUGCCUUCUUGUGGUGAUGUUUUAUCUUUUUCAAUAUUUUUGUGCUUUCGCCUGUGUACUUAAGCUCUGUUGUGCCAAGGCUUUAUGUACAACCCCCUAAAAAAAGACAAAAGAUUUAAAAAAAAAAAAAAGCAAAACAUGACUAUGAGCUACAAAAUUGACCCGUUUUAUUGUGAAGUGGGGUCACCUUGGCCGCGGUUCAUCGUUUGAUUCAACGGCAAAGAGGGUGGAUGCGGUUCUCGAGCGCCGACGGCGUUUUAUCUCCACACGUGGACGUUUUCUUUUCCCUCCAAGAGCAAAACACAACAGCAGUUCACUGUCCUUGUAUAUUACCCAGCACACCAUAAACUGCCUUAUUCUCUGACAAUGAGAAGACAAAAAGUCUUGACAGACCGGCCAAGAGAUUUUCCACGAGUCUUGUAUCUUGUCGUCUUGUGUCGGCCACGCGGAUGAUUUUAUUUUAUUUCAUUGGACUUAUUAUUCCUGUUGCGGUGCCAAACCCCUUUGACUGACUUGAAUCCUCCUCUUUACUUUGUUCUCCUGCUUUCGUCUCGCGAUAUUUGCCUACAUGUAGUGUGAACUUCACGCCGCGAUUGUAUCUUCUUGUCCGGUGGGAAAGAAAAAGAAGGAUGAAAAAGCGUUUUCGCCGACUGCUGUCGUUUGAGGAAAAUGUACACUUUGUUUCAUGAUUUGGAAACAUUUGGGAUUUCUUUUCUGAGGGUUCUGCGUUGAGUUAUACUCUUGAAGCAUUUUGGCAAACGUGGCAUGAAGGAUCGUUGUUGUUUGUUGUGGUGUAAAAUUGACUCAAAAUAACUAUCAGAGUGUCAAAAAUGUUAGCCGAAUUUGAACGAGGGUUUCAUGUGAUCUGCUGGAGCUGCACCCACUUUUCGCGGCUUUAUUGCUAGCAUACCGUAUCAUCGGUAUUUAACAACAAUAAAAGUUCCCGUUGUGCUUUAGAGUUACAUUUUAUUUUCCACGCAAUACUGAAAGCAAAAAACUAAGUGAAAUCAACCAUAGCGUGAAUAGACUGUUUUCGACUGACGCCACACACCUUCCGAUUUAGAACGCGGGCGCCAUCUUGGUUGGGUGAAUUCGCGUAAACACAUGUAACUAACCAGGAAACAUUUCAGAAAGGCGUAUGAAUGGGGGUGCACUGCUAUGCUAUCGGUUGCUAAAACGGGCGUUGUAAAGCGUCUUUGUUUCGACUGCCAGCUGUGAUCAAGAACCAGUGGGAGAAAACGGAGCAGUUAGCAACCAAACGGCUACAACCGUGGCUGUCUCGCAUUAGCAGAGCCGAUCUAGCAGCCGAGCACAAUACACGUGUGGGAAUGCAAUGCAUGUCUCCAAAAUCUGUAUUUUCUGUUUUAUUAUAAUAAGUUUGCAAAAACGAGUUACCGCACCGCUAGCUGUUUCGUGAGGUUAGCCGUGGAAGUGGAGAAAAAGGUGCGGGCUCCACUUGGGACUCAUCCCGGUUGAACUUCUCUCUCUCUCUCUCUCUCUCUCUCUCUCUCU